GAGCUGACAGUAUUGAGUAGACGGAGCAGACAGACUGGCCCCGGACUGUACUGCUGACCUAGAAUGGCACAGAACGGAACAACAGAGAAUGGAGUGGCCCGGGAGGUCCCAGCUUUGCCUUUUCCACAGCCUGUCAAGGUUCAGGAUAUCAGACACACUAAGAUUUAUAUCAACAAUGAAUGGCUGACAUCCAGCAGAGGAAGGACAUUUCCAACUUUCAACCCAGCGACAGGUGUCAAAAUCUGUGAUGUGGAAGAGGCAGACGAAGAAGAUGUGGACAAGGCGGUGGAGGCAGCUAAGGCAGCGGGACAAAGAGGUUCUCCCUGGCGGAGAAUGGAAGCGUCCGGCCGUGGAAGACUGCUGCACAAGCUGGCCGACCUGGUGGAGAGGGACCGGCUGCUGCUGGCGACCCUGGAGACUCUGGACACAGGAAAGCCCUUCCUGCAGUCCUUCUUUAUCGACCUGGACGGCAGCAUCAAAACACUUCGCUACUACGCAGGCUGGGCUGACAAGAUCCACGGCAAGAGUCUGCAUGUAGAUGAAAGCUUCAUGUGUUUAACCAAGCACGAGCCUGUUGGCGUAUGUGGAGCCAUCAUUCCAUGGAACUUUCCUCUGCUGAUGUUCAUGUGGAAGAUAGCACCAGCCCUGAGCUGUGGAAACACUGUGGUCAUCAAGCCAGCAGAGCAGACCCCCCUCACAGCCCUGCAUGUUGGAUCGCUCAUCAAAGAGGCAGGGUUCCCUCCUGGAGUUGUGAACAUCGUCCCAGGGUUUGGUCCCACAGCAGGAGCAGCCAUCGCAAACCACAUGGGCAUCGACAAAGUGGCCUUCACUGGUUCUACAGAGGUGGGCCAGCUGAUCAAAGAAGCGGCAGCCAAAACUAAUUUGAAGAGAGUAACUCUGGAGCUGGGAGGGAAGAACCCCUGCAUUGUAUUUGCUGACUGUGACUUGCAGCUGGCUGUAGAGGAAACCCAGAAAGGUGCGUUUUAUAACCAGGGUCAGUGCUGCACAGCCGCUUCACGUGUCUUUGUGGAGGAAAGUAUUUAUGAAGAGUUUGUGCGUCAAAGCGUAGAAAAUGCCAAGAAGAUUGUCAUAGGAGACCCACUGGACCCCAAGACCUCACAUGGACCACAGAUUGACCGACAGCAGUUUGACAAGAUUAUGGAUCUGAUAGAGAGUGGGAAGAAGGAGGGAGCCAAGCUGGAGUAUGGAGGAGCAGCUGUGGGCGAGAAAGGCCUCUUCAUUCAACCCACCAUCUUCUCUGGGGUCAAAGACCACAUGCGCAUCGCCAAGGAAGAGAUCUUUGGUCCUGUGCAGUGUAUAUUCAGCUUUAAGAGUCAGCAGAAGGCCAUAGAGAGAGCUAACAGCUCACAGUAUGGCCUUGUGUCAGCAGUCUUCACAACCAGUAUGGACAGAGCUCUGUCUGUGUCUGCAGCCCUGGAGACUGGCACUGUCUGGAUAAACUGCUAUAAUGCCCUACAUGCACAGACUCCCUUUGGAGGGUAUAAGAUGUCAGGCAACGGACGAGAGCUUGGAGAGUACGCCCUGGCCGAAUACUCAGAGGUGAAAACAGUGACCAUCAAACUGAGUGAAAGCCUGUGAGAAGAAGUGGGAAAGUCCAACGCUCACUCUGCACUUCCCACUCCAUCAGGCCACAUCGCAAUUCUCUGCUGCCCACACACUCCGCGCUUUGUCUUCAGUCACACUCUUGAUGUUGGCAUUAGGCCUGUAUGUCACUUGGUCGAUACAGAAUAUCAGAGCCCAAAAAGAGUUAUGGUCCGUUCACCCGUUAUCUGAUAUAUUGUAGAUGAGGAUAGGAUUAUACUCAACAGCUUCAGAUUUUCCCCUAAAUAAGUCACUGAUUAUGAGGCUAGAACAGUGACCGUGAAUUAAAAAAUAAAUAAAUAAAUAAAAUCUAGCAUCAGAAACAAAACCACUGACAAGCAAAAUCAUUUGUAUUUGGAAAAACUUUUACUGACACUGAAAAAAAAUGUUCCACUGAAAAAUAAAGCAUAGACAUUCCAUUUUAUUUGUAUGUAUGUUAAUGUGUUUUUUAUUGGAAAUCCUCUAUUUGUUUUCUCUAUGUCUGUGUUUCACAUUAAAUAAUGUUUAGUGUCUGUGUUUAACUUUUUUCAGUGAGAACAUUUGUUUUAGCAUCAUUACAGCUUUUUCAGAUACAAAUGUUUCAUUACUGUUGUUCUUCCUUUUUCAGUUCAUGUUUUCUUUUCAAUGCCAAAUUUUGUUUCUUUUCUGCCAGAAUUGUCGUUAUUAUUAUAUAAAGACUGUUUAGUUGGUACAUUUAAUAAUUAAUUAAUAAGUAAAUACUCGCUUAACCCACAGAGCACCACAGAUCAGCUGAACAUGCACAAAUGUGACUACAGCUAAUGUAUGAAGAUUAUGUGCUUAAAUGAGACAGUUCUUUCGGUUCGACCUGUAACUAAUGUGAAACUUGAGUUCUUAUGGAAAAAAAAAAACACAAGGGCACUGAUAUGAUCAUUUCACAAACAACAUCUUAUCAUCCUCUCACUGGAACAUUUAAGAGCUUUCAGCCACUUCUUGUGGCCUUCAUGAGUGGAUGGAGUUGGGUCACUUGCAAAGGAGAUGGUUCAGUUGUGUUUAUCUAGGCUCUAUGUAGGCACCUGAACCAUCAUCAGCGGGUAUGGUCCUUUAAUGAGCAAAAGACCAAUGGCUCAACUGAAAAGCAAUUCAAAAGUUACAUUCAGCUGGAAAGUUUUCCAGACUUGCGGGUCAAACCCCUGAGCUGUUUUUUACCAAACAGGAAAAGCAGUGGACGGAGAUGAGAGCAUAUCUCUGCGUUUUUUUCUGUCACUGUCUGUGAUGUCCCAAGAGUGUUCAAAAAAUACUCCAGUGGAUAUAAUGGUACAUGUUGUCCCUGUCCAGUCUACGCCUUAAAGCAGAUUGAUUGACAUGAGAUACAUAAAUGCACAAAACCUAGUGAUGAAUCAACAGCAACAGAAUUUCAGCAUAUGAAUUGUCUUGAUUAGUUUUUCCUGUUCAUCAAAUGUCCCUACAUGGGACAAUGUGGAAAGGUCAGGGGAAAAGAAAUACUGUUGUAGCUGAUAUAUGCAAAUACUUUCUGAUUCUAAUUCCAAGCACUGAUUCUAAGCUGGAGUGAUCUAAAAUGAAUGUUCUCUCUACUGAGAAGAAAGUGCCUUCCCUUUCAGAUGUUGGAAGGAAGUCUAACCCCAGAUAAGGUAACAUUUACCUUGCCAGUAACACAUUAGUACUGUAACAGCAACAAUGUAACCAUUGCAUGGGUAAUGUCAACUUCAACUUUUUUUUUAUCAACAUAUACGUUUGUUGUCACAAAUGGGAAACAAGUCUGUCUCUGCAAUUUUAUCACAUUAGUCUUGUAUUUAAUUAGAAAUUCUGAAUAAAAACUUCAAAUAC